AUUGUAGCCGAAGCCUUUUCGUCAUAACUGAGCGGCAUGACGUCGAGCCGCAUCAAACGCUUCCAUUCAGGCAGGGGCUUUAUUAUGCAGAAAUACCAAAAUGAUUGGCCUGAUAUCAAAAUGAGUGAUCAUAAAUAAUAACGCGAGAGUUUGCAAGUUGCCUGCCGACUGUAGUCACAACUGUCAAAGGCAGCAGCAGCGGAUACGCGCGUGACCCAGCACCCAUACUGUUACUGUACACGGUCGCGGAGAUAAUAUCCCUAUCAAACAAAUACACGGCAUAAUCCCGAGGUAAGGACAGGAAUCGAGGGGCUGCGGCGAAACUGCGCGACGCUGUGCCUUCCCCUCCGCUUUCUUUCCGUCGCGUUCACUUCUUCCACCCUCGAUUACUGCACUAAACAUAUCCCCGUGCCUCCUUUAGCAACAGCGCGAGGGUUUUUUUUUUUUUUUUUACUCCUCCUUCGUAUUAAAGUCGCCAUUUUGCUUCACUGCCUAUGAAAGCUUCUUGUAUUUUCAUAUUUUUGGCGGCGUUUCCGCGUAUUUGUGCGCGUGCUUUUGAUUUGGAAUUUAACGAGAGAGCUCGUGGAUUACAUAUUAAUGAAGAGGGGCGCCGAGUGCAGUCUGGAAACACGGUGAAAGUGUUCAGCUUGUGGGCAUUUGCAUCAGCUUGCUCUUUUUUUUUCUUCCUCCUCCUUCUUCAUCAUCUCCCUCCGCGGAUACGCACAGCGGGGGCUGUGAGUGUGGCUACCGACCGUAACGCCCGUCUGUCCGCGACCCCACGCGCGCCAGGUGUGUUUGCCAUGUAAAGUCAAGCGGCGCGACGCGAGAGUAAAGGCUACAGCCUGACCCCACGUGGGUGACCCGCUCUCACCCGCUCACCCGCUAGUGUUGGGUGGCUUUCCAGGCAUGGACACCUCCAGCGGUGCCCGGGUGGUGAAGCCUUCAUCUGGCUUGUCAAAGGGGCGCGCUGCCAAACAGGCCCGCCCCGCCGAGAUGGCCCGAAUGGGCAGCACUGAAAACGACAAUCACGGUUCCUCCUACAAUGAGAAAUCAGAGAGCAAGAAGAAAGGGCGUCCUCGUGUGGAAGUGCAGGAGCUGCGCAUUAUUCCCGCCCAUAUGAUUGUUCAGUGGAAAGAGGAGUUUAAGAGUCGUUCCAGGGUGAAAUGUCCAAGCUCAGGCUGCUGGUUGGAAUUCCCCAGUAUUUACGGACUUAAAUAUCACUAUCAGCGAUGCCAAGGGGCGACCAUGGCAGAGAAGCUGAGUCACAGAUGCCCGUACUGUGAGGCUGUAUUUGCCACCAAGGUGCGUCUUCAGAAGCACAAGCUGUGGAAUCACCCAGAAAGGGUCACCUUGGAGACCAAAUCCGAUCCCAAGUCCGAACCUAAACAGCAGAAAAGCCCUGUGAAGGGAAAUGCCAAAAAAAGGCCCAUGGAGAACAGCCCUCCAUCACCCAUAGUUUUCAAGGUGAAGAAGACCCAGGAGGUGUCGCAGCCUAUACAGAAUGGGGAAUGCGCCCCCCAAAGGCCAGAUAGAAGACAGCAGCACAGCUCCCAGCAGCAGGGGACGUCCUUGGACACAGGGGGCAGUGAGAGCGAGGGGGGCAGUCUGCCCCCACCCUUCCCUGAGGAGGACCCUGAGAGAAUGAAGCACAGGAGGAAGCAGAAAACUCCAAAGAAGUUCACCGGGGAGCAGCCGUCUAUUUCAGGAACAUUCGGUUUGAAAGGAAUGAAUAAGGUGGAGGAGAAGUUAAAAGCAGGUCGGAUGAAGAGGGCAGAAGGCACUUUGUUCACAGAGGAGUCACAGAGGAAGCAGUCGGUUCAAGCUCACACCAGAAAAGAAACUUCUGCCAUCAGUUCAGUGCCCCCUGCUGAAGCCCAGUGGCAGAACACCAUCUCUGAGAGAGGGGAAGUGGUCUGUCCUACCUGCUCUGUUGUCACUCGCAAGACCGUCCCCGGUCUUAAGAAGCACAUGGAGAUCUGUCAGAAGCUGCGGGACGCUCUCAAAUGUAAGCAGUGUCAGAAACAGUUCCGAUCCAAAGCUGGACUCGAUUACCACAGCAUGGCUGACCACAUCAAGCCCUCGGCAAGUGAAAAUGUGUCUGGGGAGGAGCAGGAGGAGAGAGAGAGGCUACGCCACGUCCUCAAACAGAUGGGCCGAAUCAAAUGUCCCAACGAGGGCUGUUCAGCUCAUUUCUCCAGUCUGAUGGGUUAUCAGUAUCAUCAGAAACGCUGUGGCAGAGAGCUGCCAGACACACAGAAGCCCGUCUUCCUGUGCCAGCACUGUGGAAAGACCUAUCGCUCCAAAGCUGGCCGUGACUACCACCUGCGCACUGAGCACCCUGUCACCGCCCUGUCCACUCACUCGCUCACAUCUGAGGACUGGAAACAGGAAGACAGUAAAGAUGAGGAGGAUGUGCUGGAGGAGGAGGAGGAGGAGGAGGAGGAGGAUGAAGAGCCCGAGCUGAAAAAUGCCAGAGGGAAGGCAAAGGAAAGAGUAGACGAGCAGGUGGAGAAGAUGGAGGAGAGGAAGGAGGAGAAAACAGAGGUAGAGGAGCUGCUGGAUUUGGAGAGGACGCCCAGCGGCAGGGUGCGACGGCGCUCGGCUCAGGUGGCAGUGUUCCACCUUCAGGAGAUCGCAGAGGACGAGCUGGCCAAAGACUGGGGCAACAAACGACGCAUCAAAGAUGACCUCGUACCAGACAUCAAAAGGCUAAACUACACACGACCAGGCCUCCCAAACUUCAGCCCUGAAACUGUGGAGACCUGGAAGAAUGAGGUGAAGGAAAAAGGAUUUAUCUGCUGCCCCAAUUGCAACUGUGAGGCUAUUUACUCAAGUGUAUCUGGACUUAAAGCUCACUUGGCAAGCUGUAACAAGGGAGGGGGCGACGUAGGGAAGUACACUUGUUUGCUCUGUCAGAAGGAGUUUAACUCUGAGAGUGGCGUGAAGUAUCAUAUCAGCAAGACACACUCUCAGAACUGGUUUCGGGCAUCUACCAACGAAGUGGCCAACAACAAGAGAAAAGAGCCAGAGAGUAAUGGCUUACAGAAGGACAUAAAAAACGUUGCGCCUGGGAAGAAGAGAGGACGAAAGCCCAAAGAGCACCACCUGGUGACAGCCUCCUUUCCAGCAGAGACUAAGAGCUUCAGCCCUGCUCCAGCUCCAAUCCCUCCCCAGAUCGUAACAUCAGCCUCAGAAACCCAAACCCCUGCACCCAACCCCAUCACCAACACCCCAACCACACCCUCUGACCCAGUGGACAGUGGGAAUCCAGCCCAAACCAGAGACACACCGCCCCCUAUAAAGAAACGAUCCAAACCUAAGAAAGCGCCGACCACUGAGUAACACGGCUUUCACUACGUCGGCACCAGAAGGGAUGCUUUCCGAACCACACCGGUAAACUUUAUUCAGUUCGGUCACGGAAAUGAAGGAAGACACGGAAGAAAGAGCUCGGAAAGAUGAACGGAAGAACGAGGGGAUGAAAAACAGCAGAAAACAACGAUUUGCUCUUGUAUUGAUUUCACACUGAUCUUUGUGUUUUUUAAGCUGAGUAUAUACAUUAUGUGUGUGCUUGUGUAUACUGAUAUAUAUCACUCCUGUUGGUUUUUCAUUCCAUUUUUAUAGUUUAUUUUGAUAAGUUGUUCACUCUGAAGGGGUCAAUAACAUUUAAGCUCCCAGUUGAUAUCUUUUUUAGAGCAGAAGUUACAUUUCUACGUAAUUUUUGGGUAGCUACAGUACGUCAACAUGUCCGGUGGUUUCAUAAUGUGUUUGAAUGAUUUUUUUUUAAAGAAUAUCAAACUCAUUCAAUUAGCAUGAUGAGCUAAUUUACUGCAUUUUAUCCCGGUAAUACUCUGCUGUGUAUAUAUAAUAUCUAUAUCUAUAUAUGAAUAUAUUCAAAGCAAUUCAUUUUCGUCCAUCAGUUUCAAACAAGGUGUGUCAAAAAAAGUUGGUCAUUGUUUAGUUUGCUUUUCCUCAGAUGUGUUUGGGUUUAUUUCGUCAGUGGCAGCUGAAGGAAGGGUUGGAUUUAGAUUGACGGCUGUUGUAACAGUGUGCUACUGUGCAAUAGUGUUGCUUUCGUGGUUUCUUGUCCUGUCUCUUGCUCAGAAUCGUGAGGGGUCUAAGUCCGUAGCCUUGUGUAUCUCCUUAUCCCGCAUCCCUUUGGGCUGUUUGCAGUAGUUUGUAGUUUGCUGCAGUUGACCCGGAGGUCUUUGUUAAAACCUUUAAAUGCUUCGAAAAUUGGUAGAGCUGUGUGCUUUCAUUUUGUUCGAUUGUUUUUAUGGGAAUAAGAGCUUGUGGUGCUUAACUUUGAAGGAAUAUACAGUGCAGACGAUUAGAGAAAUUCAAAUCAGUUUCAAAAUAGAACGUUUGCAGCAGGCAUGCGCUGCCUAAUAAAUGACUACAAAUGUGUUGGCAGGACAAAUUGAAUCCUUCAAAGCACAGAAAUGCCCAUUGACAUCUGUGAUGUCAUCAGUCCUUGCUUAAACUUGAGGGGCCGUUCACAAUUUUUUUUUUUUUCGUUUUUGCAUUUCAAAUCAUAAGACAAGGGGUAGUGGAAGUUCUAUAGAUGCGUUUAGAUGCUGCAAAAGAUGGAAUGCGCGUUCAAUGGUCAAACACAUCCAUUUAGCGCAUGUUUACAUAGAAAAACAAUGGGAAAAUGCAGUGGAAUGCAAAAACGCGUUCUGUGUGAACGGCCCCUUAGACUCAAACUGGCUCCAAUGAAAAUGGUCAAGUAGAGAAAAAAAAGAACAAUUUGGGCGAAUCUCACAAAAACUGUCAAGAAUGAUUUCACCUCAAAAUCAAAGCAAAGAAAAAAAUUAUAUUUCACUAAAAGGAAAUUAAACUUUUUAAGGACUAUUAAUUUUUAUUUGCAUUGCAACAUUAUUUUUAUGACAGUUUAGCACAUUUUACAUCCCAAUUCUCAUUACCAUCAUACAAAAAGAUUUUCAUUCCUGUUAUAUAAUUAUUUUAUGACAGUUAAGCACAUUUUACAUCCCAAAUCUCAUUACUGUCAUACAAAAAGGUUUUCAUUCCUGUUAUAUAAUUGUUUUAUGACAGUUAAGCACAUUUUACAUUCCAGAUCUCAUUACCGUCAUGCAAAAAGGUUUUCAUUCUUGUUAUAUAAUUUCAUUCCUAUUAUAUAUGUAUAUAUAUAUAUAUAUAUAUAUAUAUAACAAUGAUGCAUUAUUUAAAAUGUUAAGUAUUUAUUAGGGCUGUCAAGUGAUUACAAUUUUUAAUCCAAUUAAUUACAGGACAUGGUGAUUAAUCUAAUUAAUUGCACAUUAAAUGUAACUGAGAAAUCACCCCCAAAAGAUCAUUUAAAGUCAUUAUUGUGUUAAAUGAGAAAAACAUCAAAUACACAUUACAAAAAGUAGCUUUAGAAAAAAGAAAUUUUGAUUUAACAAAUUUUUUUAAUGAAAUGAUACUCUAAAUAAGAAACUAAAACUGCUAGUAGGUGGCAGUAAAUGUCUAAAUGAAAAAUGUCUAAAUUGAGUCAUUCAUUCAUUCGAUUUGUAAAUGGCUUUCUUUAUGAAUGGGCCAUUGAAUCAUUGGUUCACCCGAACGAUUCGCUCAAAGUGCGGAUUCAUUCAGAAACGAAGCACCGCUGUGUGUUGCUCGGAGACGCACAACAGUUCUGCUGUGGCUUUAUAGGUAAUAUUUCCAUUGGCAAAAUUGAGCAGAAGCUGACAAUAUUGUGUCUAAAAUAUAACACAAUUUUAACUUCUUAUGUAUUAAACUGUUGUAUAAAAGAAACAAAAACAUCACAUUUGCACUCAGCAAAAACUGCACUUGUGUGAUAUUGCACUCGUUACUUAUAUGAUAUAUUAAAUGAAUGUGUAUUUAUACAUUAUAGUAGUAUUUGUUGUAAUGCCUAACAUAAUUUAUUUUAUUUUUUUUAAAAAUACAGUAAUGAUAAUGAUUCUUUAGCAUUAUGAUAAAGAGAGUUUGGCAGGAAAAUGUGAGAAUAAUGUAACAAUGCAAACAAUCUUGUCAAUCAAGUUUUAUUUAUGCAAAAUAUCAUUUCUAUUUGAUUUCAGGUGAAAUGGGUCCUGGGCAUGUUUUAGUGAGAUUCAGCCAUUAACUUUUGAUAGGAAUACAAGCAAUGUGUGUUGAAUGCACUUAAGGACCUCAGUGACUGUAUGCAAUAGUGAGUGUGUUUUGGGUGCACAAGCAUGUCGUGUAAAGCAUUGAAGAGCACAAUCAGAAUGGUCACUGCAGGCUUUAUAUCUGAACGUUUCCGAAUCAGAGCGUCUGUCCAAAAACAAACUGAACAUCUGAAUGGUCCUGCACAUACUGAUUCCCAACUUUCUGAUUAAGGCCUGUUUGAGAAAAAUGCUCGUAUUGCACUUUAACCCCUCCUCCCCCUCCCUCCUUAUCUUGCACUUUGCAGGCACUGUUAGGCUUCCAUUCUCCCAACCUUAAAUGAGUGGCUCUGUGUUAUGAGAUCUCAGAUCAGUUUCCUUUACAUAAAUCCACGAGAGUUCGAGAAACUGAUUGCAGACAGGCCACCCCGAACGCCUGCCAUGUGAUCCGUGUGAUACGUGCAAAGGAAGCCCGUCCUCCAUUUCCCAAUUUAGAAAGCAAAUCUAUGUCAGAUAUGAAAUGAAAAUUAUGUUUGAAGCCAUAACAGUCCCCUUGAAGGUGACUAAUGGAAGCAGUGUGUCUUUUUAUUCUUCCUCAGUUUGUAUAAAAGAUUAUAGAUUGAAAAAAAUAUAUAUAAUUUGCAACAGAAAUUAUGUAUUCCAAAACCCUAAUAAUUCUAACUGAGGUACUUGAAAUCAUGAAAAAGAAUUGCCAUAAAAUUAUUAACAUACAGGUCACAAACAGAAAAAAGGAUAAAUUAUUAAAAAUAUAUUUAUCUAAUGAGAAAAAAAGAAUAAGCUCAAGGUUGCAUACAUUUAUUUUAUACUAAUACUUGUAAAUGUGAUCUUAAUCUCAUAGUUGCUUAAGAAAACUAGGGUUGGUUUGUCGUGGUUUUAGGCAAAAGGUGCUAGUAGCCAAUCUACCUUAAGGAAUGUUGCGCAUGAAAUUGUGAACCAGUUAGUCAAACUUGCCAUCGAGUCCCACGUUUAUGACAUGAAAUACUGUAGCAGAUCUCAUUUUAACUGUCCUGCAUCAGAAACAAAGCGUCAAGCAUUAAAUGGCAAAUAAAAAUCUGUGGCUUCCGUCACACUGAAAUCCCCCUAUUGCACUGUAAAAAUGGUCUUUCAUUUGGUCUGAUAAAAGAUUAAUGGGGACUAUCACAAAACCUUUGAAGAACAUCCAUAUAUAUAUAUAUAUAUAUAUAUAUAUAUAUAUAUAUAUUAUAUAUAUAUAAAAUGUCUGGAUACUGUACAUAAGCAUAAGUUUCUUUAAAGGGGUCAUGACAUGGAUUUUUCUGGGUUAAAAACAAUCCAAGUUGGGUUGAAAAUGGACAAACCCAGCAAUUGGGUUGUUUUAAUCCAGCAAAUGGGUUAUUUUAACCCAACGGUUGGGUUAAAUGUUCACUCAACUUGCUGGGUAGUUUUAUUUAACUCAACUAUUGUUUGAAAAUGACUGUAUUGCUUGCUUAAAAUGAACCCAAAGUAUGUUGGAAAUUAACAUUUAUUAAUAAGUUUAACGAAUAAUAAUUAAACAAUAAACAUUUAUUAAAUUGCUUAUUAAUAAAUGUUCACUUUUUGAUUAUUGUUUCCUCUAGUAAUUAUGUGUCUGAUGUUUCAUUUCCAACCUAUUUUGGGUUUAUUUUAAGCCAGACAUAUAGUAAUUUUUAAACAAUAGUUGGGUUAAAUAAAACUGCCCAGCACGUUGGGCAAACAUUUAACCCAACCGUUGGGUUUGUCCAUUUUCAACCCAGCAUUUUUUAGAGUUUAAAGAGUUUUUUAGUUUUUUUUUUAACAAAAGACAAAACAAAUAUAUGUGGAAAAAUAAUUACUUUCAACCUUCAUUCUGACACUGAAAUGAUCUGUUUUUAAGGAGCGGCUCCUUUAAGGCUCGUCAGUAAAUGCCCACUGUUAUGAUUGGCUAACAUCAUUGCAUAGGAAACAGUAUCAACGACCACUCGCUAUUGCACGUGAGUAAGUGUUUAGAAAACAUUAUCCAUAUAAAAUCGUCAUUUACAGACAAAGCAUUUUGAAAUCCAAUACUGAUCCAAUACUGUUGGCUUCAUCUGUCAACAAAAGUUUCUUUGCGAACUCUCCAUUACACUGUGCCUCUUUUACAAAACAAAUGUUCCGAACAAACAUAAAACCCCAAUAAAAUAAACCAUCCACUUGUUUCCAACGCUUGGAUCCUUCUGUAGUCUGUAAAGAGGCGCAAACGUGCUGUUUAAACUGGAUGUGUCAAAGCUAAGGUUCUUUCACUCUUCCAUUUGUCCUGUUGUCGACAGACCCAAGCGCGUGGAGUAUGUCGGAAAUUGAACGCACAUCUGUAUACUGCAUCUACUGUAGACAGUGACAGUUAUUAUAAUGGGUUCUAUUUGAUUUUGACGUGAUGCUCACAUCCAGUGUAGGCAAAUGUCAGCCGUUAAGUGGCUGAAUGCCAGUGGGCGGGACCUAUGGUGUGAUGAUGUAUAACUAUUCGUCGAUGUCUUGCUCUAGAGGCAGGCAUAUGCAAAUGUAUUUGACCAUGUGACAUCACAGAUCCCUCAACAUUAAAACGAGCCAUUUUUGAGCUUGAUUAAAUAAGUACUUUGUUUAUGUUGAGGACGUCUUAAUCUAUGAAACUUGCAUCUUGCAGACCUCUUAUAUGUCAAAUGAUUUCUCAUCUCAUGACCCCUUUAAGCAAAAAUAUAAUUUCUUUCAUUUGUGCUUGUGAUAAAAUACAAUUUUUGCAUGUUCUUCACAGGUUUAGUAAGAUUCUCCUCACAAAGGUUCUCUUUGGAGAACAUUUCAGUAGAGGUCAAGGCAACAUAAGUCUCAAGCAUGUUGCCAGGUUAAAACUGAGGUAGGAGUUCAAUGUUGCUCCAUGACAUUUCUGAUUAUGUUGUCUUUAUACUGUCACUGAGCUGGUGUAAUGUUGCCAUCUUGGGUCCAUAAAACCAACUACUUUAACAUAGACAAGCAAUGUGCUUUGAGUUUCGCCCAGUAGAAUGUAUCUUUCUCAAUGGAAGUUUAGUUGUCACGCGAUAUUGCUCGAUCUCAUGUUAAAUGACACGAAAGAUGGCGUGUAGUUUCGCUAGGAAUAUUGUGCGUGGCUUCAAUUACCCGUCUUCCUAGAUUAUGUGGCGUACACAUAUGCAGACGUUGUACGAUCAUGACAUUGCAACAGAUUUAUUUCGAAAUUACAGCAAUAUCUUGCAGUCGAAAGCACUACUGCAACGUUAAAUAUGAUUUCCAAAGCUUGGUGCGAACUGUAUUCGCUUUCUUUUGCUUGUUUGCUUCUUUCUUUGUGACAUAGUUGCUUUAAACUAUUUGAAUAUGAUCCUGCGCUUUUCUAUACAGGUCGAAGUACAUGUUGAAAAUGUCCUUUUGUCAAAAAUGCUAUACACAGUGUGUGUGUGUGUGUGUGUGAGCGUGUGUGUGUGUGUGUGCGUGUGAGCAUGAAUGUGUGUAGGUGUGUAUUUCUGUAUCUAGUGCACUUGUAAUCCCAUGAAAUAGGCUUGAAUAUGGAGUGUCGGUAGAGAUUUUGGUGAAUUUGAUUGUGUGCUGUGGAAUUUUGUACUAAGGGGGUCUGUAGAAAGUGGAGCCCCCUACCAGUUUUUAAAAAUCAUUCUUUUCAUUACUUCAACUUUUGUGUGAAAUGAGGAUUUCAGAAGUUAGAAUUUGACCCAUCCGUGUUCUGACGGAGAACAUCCUCAAAGAAGUUUACAAACAAAAGUCAUUGAGAUUGAUUUGAAGUGAUUCAGAGCAGCGCCGCCGUGUCCCGUGGUUCCGGUGGAUGGGGCACAUCCCGACGGACCUGGUCUGAGGUACAAAAUGACAAAAGAGUACAUUUUAUUCAGAUACUCUAGAAACUGUUUAAUCUAUUAAUACUUAUCAAGUAAUGGACAAAAUGAUCCUUUAUUCCUUUAAGGUUUUUAACUAGGUUGGCAAGAGUUCUGAAUCUAAACUAUUAUUCUCUCUCUUUUUCCCCUGGUGUAUUAACUGUGCAUUAAUACCCCUCAAAUAAUUAAUAAAAUGUUGAGAAAGA